CCACAAUUGGCUCCAGUAAAUCUGUGAACGCGAAUCAUGAAGGUCGUAGUAACUGGAGCGGCUGGAUUCCUCGGUUCUCGUCUGGCUGACGCCCUGCUGAGGAAAGAACCACCUUGUCCUCUUAAUGUUACUGAACUCGUGCUCACUGAUGUCUACACACCUCCACCAAGAAAAGAUUCUCGAGUCAAAGUUCUGGCACUUGACUUGACAAAUCAAUCCGUUGCUGAAGAACUAAUCGGUGAACAUUGUGAUAUUGUAUUUCAUCUUGCUGCCGUCGUCAGUGGCCAAGCCGAAGCUGAGUUCGAUAAUGGAUUAAAAGCUAACUUGGACGCGACCAGGUAUCUUCUCGACGCACUUCGAAAAAAAGCACCUAAUGCCAAAUUUGUUUUCGCCAGUUCUGUGGGUGUUUUUGGAGGGGAUUUGCCUCCUGUUAUCGAUAACAUGACUGCGACAAUGCCUCAAACGUCGUAUGGAACUGCAAAGGCUAUGUGUGAGUUACUAGUGAAUGACUACUCACGUCGUGGUUUUGUAGAUGGUCGCAGCGUUAGGUUACCAACAGUGAGCGUACGCGCGGGUGUCGCUAAUGCUGCAAUGACGUCAUUUGCUAGUGGAAUAAUUCGGGAGCCUUUAAACGGUGAAGUUGCGAUUUGUCCAGUGGAUAUGAAACAGGAAUUGUGGUUGACUAGUCCAGCGACUGUGAUACAUAAUAUUAUCCAUGCAGCUACAUUGGAUGCUAGUGCUCUGGGCAAGUGGCGUUCCAUUAACCUUCCCGGACUCUGUGUCUCUGUGGGGGAUAUGAUUGCAGCUCUUCGUGAAGUGGCCGGGGAUAAAGUUGCUUCCCUCAUUCGCUACGAAUAUAAUGAAACGAUUUCCCGCAUGGUUGCUUCUUUACCAGUGCAUUUUGAUAACAAGAGCGCUCUGAAACUCGGUUUUGCCGUGGAUGCUAACUUUAAUGAAAUUAUUUCUCUUUAUUUGAAGGAGAAGAACUACAAAUUAAAGUAACUUUUUACGAAUGUGAUUUUCAGUGAUUGUUCUAAAUAAAGUUUUAUUUAAUUUAUGAAGCGUCUAUUAUUAGUUUUUGUAAACGUAAGUUAGGUAAACCUAUCACAGCUGAACCGUGAACAAGAAAUGGCUAUUAGACCAUAAAAUUGAGUGUAUUGACCUCUUUGUGCUAACUUUCUUCGAAGAAAUAAUUCUGAAGCAAAAGUUUGGCAAAACAUCACAGAAGGAGAGGAGCAAAAGUAACUUGCGUUUAAUAUUUCAACACUAGUACGAGUACAGAGUGGAAAUACUGACUUACAAGUAACAACUUAGAACUAAGUUAAUUAUUAAGGGCUUUUCAUAUAGUUUCUUGUACAUAUAUGUAUGUGUGUCUUAACGAGCAACUUGACUGCGGGUAGACUUAUGUUUUGACGUUUAUUAAAUUAUAUUUGUGUCCUUUCUUUUCCUUGUGUUAUGAGAGAUGUAUUACUAGGUAUGUCACGUUAGUUGAAGGACGUAAAUCAUACAUGUAUCCUGCUAUAUGAAAAUACUAAUCACGUUUUUUAUAAUAGGUUUCAUAUGAUAUACAACUAUAGACCAUAAAAGUUCCUUAUUCUAGUUUAGUUUUAAAAUUACACGUCUGUUUUCUUUAUUACUGGAAUGUACCGCGGUUGCAGCCUAGAUCACGAGAAGGAACGGGCUGGUUCUUAGUCCCUAUGAAACAAUGACAAUG